AUGGAGGAAGUUCUGAAUGGUAUACCACACACAAUCUCAGGUAGUAUGAAUGUUAGCUUAACAAAACCUGUAAAUGAAGAGGAAAUCAGAAGACUGUUGAAUGUGUAUGAAAGAGGAACUGGCCAGUUGAUCAACUUAGAGAAAUCUUCAGUCAUCUUCAGAAAACAUGGAGCAGGAGGAAAGAUGGAAGUCUAUCAAGCACUGGAAAAUAUUCAGAUAGUUAGUCAAGGCAAAUAUUUUGGACUUCCAAUGGUGGUCACUAAAUCCAAGCAACAACUGUUUGGGUAUAUUACAUACAGCAUCCAUCAGAGACUAAAAAAUGGAAUAAACAAACUACUAAGUGCUGCAGGAAAGGAGGUGAUGCUCAAAUCUGAAGCAUUGGCUAUGCCAACAUACACAAUGUCAUGCUUCAAGCUACCCAAAAAACUAUGCAAAGGAAUAAACUCCAUAAUGGCCAAACUACUGGUGGGAGGAGGCAAAUGGGAAGAAUAA